CAGCGACGAGUGUCCACUUCCGCCUCGCCAGGAACACUUCCCCGCUGGCUCCGUCACGGCACGCAGUGACACGAGGGGCUAUUGGCCUCGCCCGGGUUAUCCCUCGUCGCUUUUCAGAUUAUUUGUUGGUUUGCUUUCUUUGGCAAGGAGGGAGAGGUCGCGUCGGCUGAGACCGGGAUGGAGGCUGGGACUUACUUUUUAGUCAUGGUGACCGUGCUCGCGUCGCUGGCUCUUGCAGACGUGCCUAAUUACAACAUGAACGAAAAGCUACGUAAGAAAUUGCUCAAGGACUAUGACAAGAUGGCCCUCCCCCACCGAGACCAGAAUGGAACCACGGCAGUUGAGUUCGGACUCGUCAUCAACGGCAUAAUGGUCGAUGAAACCAAGCAAGUCCUCACUCUCAAUGCCUGGACGAGGAUGCGAUGGCAAGACCCGAGACUAGAGUGGGAUUACAAGGACUACGGAGGCCUCAAGAUACUCCACAUGGGGGACCACGAGCUCUGGCAGCCUGACCUCACCCUGUACAACAACGCCGACCACUCGGAAACCGACCACUACGGGAACGUGCACCUCGUCGUCUAUCCGGAAGGGACUGUACUGUGGGUUCCUCCGUCCAUUUUCCAAGCCGAGUGCCCCUUGGACUUGACCUACUGGCCUUACGACACGCAGAAAUGUGUGCUGCUCUUCGGCUCCUGGACGAAGAACGGCUGGGAAAUCGACGUUCAGCUGUUCAGUAACGAUACCAAUAUCUACCGCGGAUGGUUCCUCAAGUAUUCCCACGUAUGGCAGUUUGUGGACGGCAAGAUGCAGCGAAUUGUGAACACCUACCAGUGUUGCCCCGAACCCUACAUCACGGUUUUGGUCGAGCUGAAUAUUCGCAGAGUUUCGCCUUCCUUCGCGUCCACCAUUAUUGUUCCUGCUCUGGUGAUCUCGCUCAUGACGCUGGUGCAGUUCCUCCUGCCGCUGCGGGAGGGCAAGAGGGUCACCGUCGGCUGCGCCAGCACUCUGCUCACUCUGCUCGCCCUCUUCUACGUGGCCACGAGCGUCCCUAGUCUGUCCUACUCCGUGCCCAUCAUCGUGAAGUUCUACGGACAGACGCUCGUGAUGGUGUUCUUGAGCGUGGGCGUGUCGGCUGCCGUCCUCCGCCUCACCGACGCCCACCAUCCCGCUGCCUCGACGCCGCCGCCCGUGCUCCUCAAGACAGUCCUCACCGGGCCUGUGGGAUCCAUCUUGCUCCUGCAGAAGUACAUGGCGAAGGUGGGGCACAGCGGGGGCGGGGCCGACGACGCCGAGGUGCUCGACGAGGUCCGCCCCGUCAGCUACGCUCACGAGUGGCUCCUGGUCGCCGCCGCCGUCGACCGCCUCGCUGCCUUCGCCUUCACCGCCGCCUUCGUCGUCACCCUCAUCGCCUACACGUCCGCCCUCUGAGCUGCCCUCGGCUCCCCUUCUCCCCUUCGGCUCUCCAGCGACCCUGCCUCCCCGGCGGCUCUCGCGGGGGGGACGCCGCUGCAGGGCAUGGCGCCGCGGGUUGGUUGGUUUGGUCGACGCACACGAGGUUUAAAUGAGACUUGAACACGCACACACACACGCACACACAAACACACGCACGUACAAACACACGCACGUACAAACACACGCACACACAAACACACAUAUUUAUGCACGCAAGAGUGAUGUUACCUUUCUCGUCCUUGAGUCGAGAUUCGCAUUAGUGGAAUAACGAAACAAAUUAAGUACAU